AGCGAGCAGGGAAGUGGGAGCGCAGCACGGCGCCAAGUCCCUAACUGCAGCUCCCUAGUCCUGGAUCUUGGUCCCCAACCCCGGGCUGCUACCAUGAAUGGAGAGGAGCAGUACUACGCAGCCACGCAGCCUUAUAAGGACCCGUGUGUGUUCCAGAGGGGCCCGGUGCCAGAGUUCAGUGCCAGUCCUCCCGCGUGCUUGUAUAUGGGCCGUCAACCACCGCCGCCACCGCCACCCACGUUCCCUGGCGCCCUGGGAGCUCUGGAGCAGGGGAGCCCCACGGACAUCUCCCCUUACGAGGUGCCCACCCUCUCCGACGACCCCACGGUGGCGCACCUACACCACCACCUCCCUGCUCAGCUCACACUCCCUCACCCGACUGCCGGACCCUUCCCAGAUGGAACGGAGCCAGGGGCCCUGGAAGAGACCAGCCGUGUUCAACUACCAUUCCCGUGGAUGAAGUCCACCAAAGCUCACGCGUGGAAAAGCCAGUGGGCAGGCAGCGCCUACGCGGCCGAGCCGGAGGAGAACAAGCGGACGCGGACUGCAUACACUCGCGCGCAGCUGCUGGAGCUGGAGAAGGAGUUCCUGUUCAACAAAUACAUCUCGCGGCCGCGCCGGGUGGAGCUGGCGGUAAUGCUGAACUUAACAGAGAGACACAUCAAGAUCUGGUUCCAAAAUCGCCGUAUGAAGUGGAAAAAGGAGGAGGACAAAAAGCGCGGCGGCAGUGGCGGGCCCUCGACCGGGGAUGGCGGGGGCGCGGAGCCCGAGCAGGACUGCGCUACUGCGGCCCGAGAGGGCCGCCUGCCUCCUGGCCUGAGCGCAUCGCCUCAGCCCUCCAGCGUUGCGCCCCGGUGCUCGCAGGAACCUCGGUGA